AUGAACUAUUUUACAUGUGAGUUGGCGACUUCUACAACUAGAGAAACUUUGUAUAAACAAAAAAUUGGCUCUAUGGAAAUAACAUUGGAUAAAAUAGAAAACGAGUCAAAGAUAAAUGUUGUUACGAAUAAUGAUAAUAAUGAAAGAAAAACAGGACUACUCAACGAUAUGAAAAUAGUCGAGGAAACUCCGAUGAAUGCUGAAUCUAAGCUGAAUGAAACAACUUUAGAGAAGGAAAAACUUUUUAAUGCAAACCAAAAAAUGAGUACAGUUGUUAAAGAACUGAAAAACACGAUCGCAUCCAUAAAUAAUGAAGAUAAGAAAAAUUUUAAAAUAAUUGACGAUUUAAAAUGUCAACUAGAUGUUGCAAAGGAAGUAAAACAGUAUCUUGAAAAUCAAAUCCAAAUUAUGGAAAAGAUGAGAGAAUGGAGCAAAACUUUGAAAAAGUCUCACUCAAGUAACAAAACGUUAUCUUUGAAAAUAUCUCAUGUAAAUAAUGACAUUUCCAAAAUUGAAGAGGAGAAAAAUCUUCAUAAUGAUCGCAAUUCAUUGCAACAAAAAAAUGAACCACGUGACUUGGAGUUUGAAAGUAAGAAUAAUGAAAUUCGAACAUUGGAGGCUCGUGUUGAUGAACUUCAAAAUCAAAAAAAUCAACUCAAUAUCUGUGUGAAGUAUGAGAAAGACCAAUUGCUUGUUUUAAACAUACAGUUUCAAGAACUUGAGAAAAUUAAAGUCUCCUUGGAAGAGAAAAUGAGAAAACAACAAAAUCAACUUGGAAGCACACUCUUGGAACUAUUAUCUGCAAAAGCAACCAUAAAAGAAUUAGAAAGCGUGAAAGAAGAAUUAAACUCCAAAAUAUCGCUGUUGGUUGAAGAAAAGGAACUUUUUCAAAAGAGCAAUGACGAUAUGAAGAUGGAAAUAAGAAAAUUGAAAAACGAACUUUCUGAUAAGGUACUGGAACAUUCAAGUCUACUUCAAGAGUAUAACGCUACAAAGAACGAAAAAAAUGUAGCUGUUGCAUUGCUAAAGAAGAAUGAGAGUGAACUGUGUCUCAUAAAACAAAAUGCGUGUGAUUUGAUAACGAAGAAAAAGACAUUAGAAGUAGAAAUAACCAAUUUCAAAGUAAUAUUUGAGCAACUUGAAUUUGUUCACCAAGAACUAAGAACAGCAAACGUCCAGCUACAGGAAAGUAAUAAAAGAUUAGAAAGAGAGCUGGAAAAACUAAAAAAUGGCUCGCACGCAAACUGAUUUAACAAAACUGAGCUUUCACAUAAGAAACGGAAAUUGCAAGCUGCGUUAGUCAAAGAAAACAAAAGAUAGUGUCGAAGAAUAACUACUAGUCUACAUCGUUCUGACUUGACAUCUUGGCUAGAAUUCUUAGCAAGAUAUCUUGACCAUAAACAUCUAUUAUUAUAAUUUUGUAAUUUAAAUUGACUUUGAUAAACGUAUACACAUACAGAAGCAUUGAAAAAUAAUGUGUAGAAAUUAUUGUUUGUUAUGUCAAUGUAAAUCAUGUAAUCAUUAAAGGUUUGACAACAUAA